CCGAGAGGCAGGAUAGCUUUGAGGACUCUGAACUGAAUCCCAUCAUCAAUGUUCUGUCCAGUACCAUCACUGAUCCUGAAGAGAAAUCCAGCAGUACUGUGGACGCUGAGGCUUCUCUUCUCUGGGACACGUUUGAUCUUCACAACCUCAGACAUGAUUCCUGUGAACGGUUGGAUGCGUCUCUGUGUGAGUGGGUUCAGAGAGAACAAGAAGAGCUUCAGGAGGUGGAGAAGACUUUAGAGCGAGCAGCUGAGAUCCUGCAGGAGGAAGAGAAUGUGCUUGCACAGGAAGUGAUGCUCGAUGAGCUGUUAGAAACUGAAGACGUGCUCAAACACGGUCCUGUAUGGAAUAAAGAUCAGCACAGUGAGAUGUCUCUUCAAGAUCUGGUUCAAUCUGGCGUGAUUGGGUUAGACGAUGAAAUCUCCUCUUCUCUUCCUGUCAGUCCUCGCAGUCAACUCCCAUCAUCUGAUUCUGACACUGAAACCAGUGAGAUUUGUGAAAACUGCUCCGGUUCACGCGGAUCAGUUACCGAAAGCUUCACGUGUGUGGAUGUACAACAGAAAGUGGACAGAAGUGACAUCCUUCAAGAUCUUCAAGUUCUCGAGGAGCAAAUUCUGGAGGAGAGGUUCAAACUUGAAGCCUUGCGUCUCAGCGAGUCCGAACCUUUAGCUCGAUCUCACGUCACGACACGUAGCUCCUGCAGAGAGCGCCGGAUGUUUCUGGCACACCUGGAGGACGAGAGGUGGGUCGUCGAGAAAAUGGAAAGAAGUCUGCGAAAAGAGCGAGUAAAGAAGAGAGUUGUGAGGUGUUCCAUCAUGAAGAACUCUAUGAAGAAAGAUCUGUGGAGUUCAGACACCGAAGAGAAACUGCAACAUACCGACACAUCUCAUCUUACAAAGAUGAACACCAGUCCAUCACCUCAAGAUGAAAAACAGGAGUGUACAGAAGUCGCAAACAAAUCUCAGUCAAGUUUGAGUUCUCCUGCUUCUCCAGAUUCUACAUCUCUGUCUGAAAUUGAUCAAGAUGUCCGGUCUCGUCACGAGGAGUCAGAUACGAGUGAUUUGUCGCGAUUUUCCAGCACAGACUCUCCAGCUUCGGUCCACCCGGAGCGGUCAUCAAAUCCUCUGAUGGAUGAAAUAUCUUCCUGUCCAGCGGAGACGCAGCAGACCAAUCCAGAGAAUGGUGCUUUUGAUCCUGGUGGAGCGCUGGUACCUGCACCAAAACGUGUCUUUUAUGACGCACAAACACAAAAGCAUUCUGAAUCCAUCUCCGAGUCAAUCAACCUCACCCAAACUCCCGGCGAGAUCACAAGAUGUCUACGAGGACUUCAUAUGCAAAACAAUAACAACAACACUCUCGUCCAAUCAUACCGACACGACGGACAUUCUGAAACCCAAGAGAACAUCUCUACAGUCAUAGCAAACACAGCAGAACCGCAGCAUGAGGAAAGUGUUAAAGCAGAAUGGGAGGAGACGGGGCAGAUGUCGGGCCGUGAGCGGAAUGAACGUGGAGUUUAUGAUGGAGGUGGCUCCACAAGAGCCGUGUUUGGAUCUCUGCUGGACCAGCCGCAGCUGAUCACGUCUAAUAGACCGCUGGACUAUAAGACGCCCAUUGUGCUGGACACGGGCUCUGGUUUGAUGAAGGCAGGAUUUGCAGACCAGGACCUUCCCACUAUUGUGUUCCCUACUGUUAUUGGUCAUCCAAAAUAUGAGGAGGUGAUGAGUGGAGGUGUGGACAGAGAUGUGUAUGUGGGUCAUGAUGCUCGGCACAUGAGAGGAGUUCUGACCCUCAAACAUCCCAUAAGAAACGGCAUCGUACGCAACUGGGAUGAGAUGGAGAUGAUCUGGCAUCAUGCGUUCCAGCAGCUCUCUGUGGAUCCUCGGGAUCAUCCGGUGAUGUUGACGGAGGCGGCCAUGAAUCCUCUGGAGAACCGUCAGCGGAUGAUAGAACUGAUGUUUGAAACCUUUAACGUCCCGCUCACAUUUGUGGCCAUGCAGGCCGUUCUGGCGCUUUACGCCUCAGGACGAACCACAGGUGUGGUUCUGGACUCUGGUGAUGGUGUCAGUCACAGUGUUCCAGUGUUUGAUGGUUACUGUCUGCCUCACGCUGUCCAGCGCUUCAGUCUGGCCGGAGCUGACGUCACGCUGCAGCUGCAGAAGCUUCUCCUGGAACAGGGUGUCUGUAUGCAGACGUCUGCAGAGCUGGAGAUCGUGCGGGAGAUGAAAGAGAAAUGUUGUUGUGUGGCACUGGAUUAUGAAUCCGAGAUCCGGAAGAGAGGUACGGCGUCCUCGGAGGUCCAAUACACGCUACCUGAUGGACAGAUUGUCUCGCUCUGCACAGAACGCUUCAGGGCACCAGAGGUCCUGUUCAAGCCAGAGCUGAUUGGACGAGAUCAUUAUGGGAUGCAUGAGAGCGUUUUUAAAUCCAUUCUCCAGUCUGACGUUGACCUGCGGAGGAGUUUUUUGGGAAACAUGGUUUUGUCAGGUGGUAAUACGCUGUUGGCCGGACUCCCCGAGCGUCUGCAGAUGGAGAUCAGACACAUGGUUCCAGCAGAUCUGAUGGAGUCUGUGAGAGUCACGAGUCCAAGCGAUCGAGACUUCUCAGUGUGGUGUGGAGGAGCCGUGUUGGCCAAUCUGCCCGUGUUCUCCAGCGCCUGGAUCAGCUCUGAUGAAUAUGAAGAGUUUGGUCCACAGAUUGUGUUCAGGAAAUGUUUCUGAGGUUUACUCAUUUUAAUGCAGUUUUGUCAUUCAACGCGGUCUUAUUGAAAAGAGUUAUUUAUGUAGAUGAAUAACAGCCUGGUGAAUUCUGAAUCAUGUGACCGUAAUGCAACGCAUCAGCCGUGUUUUAAGCUUGUUUGAUGAUUUUUGUCCUUAACCAACACUAAAAGUGGUUAAUAACACUGGUUGUAUCAAUCAGAUAUUUUUUACUCUAUUAUAUAUAUCUAUUCAAAAUGUUAUCUAAAAGUUUUAUAUGUAUGUGAUGAUCAAUUCUCUGUGUGGUUUGUGGAUGCAGGACUCGUGUCAAACGUGUGAAUGGAUGGAGUCCGUUGUGAAUCUUUUAAAGUAAUGUGCCACAGUCAUCUACAGAUUGAAUCUUUACAUUCAUUUCUGAGCUGAAGUCUGAACUCAUUUACCUGCCAGAGAUCCUGUUCUCCUACAUAGCUGCAAUUUCUCAUCUUUCCCUCAGCUGGUUUUGAGUCUUGUGUGUUUUGAGUGGAAUUGGGUUUAUUUGCACGAGUGUCAUACUUGGAAUAAGUUUGUAUUUUCACGGUGGUUUUGCUUUAGUCUUUAGUGUCUGAAGGAAUGGUUUUGAAGUGCGUAUGGAUGGAUAAACAUGGAUUGAGAUUGUGUAUCCUGCAGGUUUUGAUCUCAGUCAUUCUCACAGACCUCUACAGUAUAAUAAACCCUUCGGUGUGUGCCGGACGAAAGAUUUGUAAAUGCACUUUAUAUGCGUUUGGUGUGCAUGUCUGUGUUUAUUUCUGCAUGUGUGUGACUGCACAGACUGUUGAAGGUUUGGUCUGUUUGUUAAUCGCUGAAUCUUUAGUUUUUCAUUGGUUCAGGUGGAUUUGUCUUUAAUGCCCCGUGAUCUCCAGCAUCAGUGUCUGUUAAACUGUCCUGACCUUUUUACAAUAAAUCAUUCGAAAUCAACCUUGUUUUGUGUGCUUUUUAAAAGUCGCCAUAUUUGUAAACAACUUGAUAGUGUCAAGCUUUUCUAAAACUAGAUUAAUCUGGCAAGAAGUUUGAAACAUUCAGUAACAUGUCUGCUCAGAUUCAGCUGCCGCACAUGCACGGUAAGAGCAAUUUACAGACAUCAAAAUAUCUUUUAAACAGAGUAAAAGAUCUGUUUCAUGAAAAAUAGCUUUUAAUUUCAGAAUGAUGUAAGGUUAAAGGUAUGAUGAACUGGGCUUGUUUAUUGUUUUAUACUGUUGUAUGAGGUCUACUUAUGACGUCCGCGUGGUUUUUACAUUCAAAAACAUCAGCAAUAGGCCAUUUUCUACCUGGGUUUUGAGGCCGGCUCGACAAACGAUCGGUUUGAAUGGGUGGGCCGCCAUGAAGGCUUGGAAGUAAACGCCCACUGCUAUGAUUGGAUGGCAGUUUGCGUAGUAAACUUACUUGGAGCCUUCUGUGAAUUUGGUUAGAGACGUAACGUUAGGUUGCACAUUCGACCUAUUCGCACAGGAUUUGGAUUAUCUGGGGACCUUGUGUGAUUUAUAAAUUACUUCCCCAUAUCAGUAUUUCAUGUGGCGCAUUCGCACGGGAUGAUUUUACUCAAAUUUACUAAUUUAUGUCCUGGAUGUGAUGGCAAGGCUUUGCGCAUAGUUUGUAUAGCCUGUAUGGUGUUUAAUGAUAGCCGUACCUGUCAGCAUUUGAGCCCCGUGAUUGCGAACCAGACAUAAGAUCACCGCGAUAGCAAAUCUCAAAUGUUACGAGAGUUUCCAUGAUAAACAAACGGGAGCUCCCGGUAAUUUAUGGAAUUAUACCAAAACACUUCAAAACAGCCUCCAUUGUUUGCAAACUGUGCAUAAAACCUUGAAAAAUGAUAUAUGAGCCUGCCAAAUCACAGAGAUGCAGAUUCGCACUAAUAUUAUCACAGGACCUCGGUGUUAGUCAAAAUAUGGUAGGUCAUUUGUGGGGGAAUUUUUACUUUACAAAUUAAAGACAUGGCCGAUUCGCACGGGACUAAGAUCACAGACAACCUCUGCAACUAUUACAAAUGACUAGAGGUCCCCAGGUAAUACUAAUCCUGUGCGAAUAGGGCUCAGGGCAUAUCAAGCGAUCUGCAACAAAGCAAUAGUGACGCAUAGUAGAAAUCUGUUGUACUCGCAUAAUAUCGCUGCGCCAUUCCUAUCGGAUCCAAUAUUGACGGCACAGCGCUGCUUUUUAAUUUUAGUCUCUCCGCAAAUCCAUCGUUGACCUCUUCACAAAGGAAUCCGCGGUAAUGUUUUACCCACGUGAGCUGGAACGUCUUUAAAAAUAAACUAAAUAUGUCGGAAUCCGAAUGAAGGUUAUGCAGCGACUGUGUUCUUCCACAACCAGGCACUGACUGCACAAUAUUUUGCGAUCUUUAACAGCAUGUUUAUUGCUUGCUCGCUCUAUCUGGUUCUGCGCAACUUGUUACUUCAGUACUGUCAUGCACAAACCAGUGGGCGGGGCUAGAGUAGUUGAUUUUCUUCUGUGGAGGCGGUGUUCAACCUAUAGGCGUUCGCUGAACCUGGUGUCAAUAACCGCUGUAAUCUCAGUAACAAGGGUGUUUUCAGUUCUGACACUUACAGGAUGUUCACUUGAAUAUGAUUCCCUCUUAUAUAACAAAAGCUUGGGUUAAAAUUGAGAUCUUAAUUCAUUGCCCCUUUAAGUGAGAACAAUCAUUUAAGCACAGACUAAAUACAUCAAAAUACAGAAGUUGAAACUACUUGAAGAGUUUGGUUCCAAAAUCAUGUUUUUAUGUUAUGAUUUGUGUUAGUUGGUUAUUUAGUUAUUAUGACUUAAAUCAAAACAAACCAACUGCAGUUUGAUUAUGAAUUGGAAUACACAAGAAAAAAUGAAAUGAUCUCAUUUUGGAAAUAAACUCUUUGUUUGUUUUGUGUCAUCACAGUAAUGGUAUAUUAGAGGUUUACAAAAGGUCAAUAAUUAUACAUGUGAAGCUUAAGCACAAAAAUCGAAUAAUUUAAAAUAACUAUAUAUACAGGUAUAUAUAUUUGUAUGGUGUAUAAUGAUAUAUGACCGUACCUGUCAGCAAUUGAGACCCGCGUUCGGGGAUCUUCUGUCCGGUUCGCGUUACGGGAGUUUCCAUGAGAAAUAACAAAACGGGAGCCUCUCGGCCAAAACGGCAGUGUUGGCAGGUAUGGAUUUUGGGUGACCCAGCACCCAAAAUAAUAUCAAAACACUUCAACACAGCCUCCAUUUGCGCUAUUUGUGUCUGUUUAUGUUCUUAUUUGUUUCGUGUUAUAUCAUCUGCCAUGUUAUCUGUGUUUAUUAUGCGCUACUGAUGUACAGUGAAGAUUCUCACCGCUGCACUGUCACAUGUCACAGGCCACACGUGACACGACUCAAAACAUCAGAAUCAUCCGCGCAGUUGAGCAGUGCCGAAUCACAACUCAAUUAAAGAAAAUACCUCCGCACAUCACUUGCAGUAGCAAUUUCAAACUGAGAUGGCGACAAAUAGGCCAAUCCUACGGACUGCCAAUUUAAAGUUGGCAUGAAACCGAAGUAGCGAUUGUCUUUUUUUCCGUAUCGUGACGCCCGAGUGAAACGACUUCUGAAAUGAGGAAAAAAUGUAGGAGGGGACUUGAUUACAUUCACCGACAACUGAUUGGAUCGUUAAAAGGCGAAAGAUUUGAACGCCAGUUUGCAAUCUGUCAGGCAUUGAAGCCCCGCCCUCGCACCAUUCCUCGUGACCAGAAGUGAAGAGAGGUCGUUUCCAGAGGGGGAGGAGCUUAAUGUUUUAAAUAGAUUACAGUGCACAUGAAUUUUUAAAAAAUACUGAUGUGCGCGAAUAAAUAAUUUAUAAUAAACACUUCACCACUGUGUAAAACAAUUAGAAUGAUCAUUUUUAAUUUCAUGCCGACUUUAAGAUCUGAGUUUGUGAAAAGCAGCCUGUGUGUAGGUGCAUUUGAAUCUGGGCAGCGAUCAUAAGCCUGCUUUGUAAAGUGAAAACAGUUCCACAUUUUAAAAUCUUGUCAGUCCACUCUAUUAGUUUAACUAAUACAAAUUUGCCACCACAUGGUCUGUAAAAACAUCCAGCAAACCUCUAAAAUUAAACUGAUUUUGUCUCUUUAAAGGUCCAGUGUGGGGGUUUAAAUAAAUAAUAGUUAGAUUAUUGUCCCAUUUUCUGUCUGUUCUACUCUUAAUUGAACACAUGCUAUUGGUUCAGUUCCCCAUCACUCAUCAUUAACCUGCUGAUGUCAUCACCCCCACGUCCAAUAAAACAGCCUGCCAGACAGCCAAUCACAGAGCAGAUGUGUUAUUACACUGAGACCUGAAAACAUGUGACAUGUUGUUCAUCUCAAAACUUAGUAGAUAAAAUAUUUACAGCAAUUGAAAGAAUCUAUAAGGUUCAUGUCAUGUUAUUUGCUUUGAUGAUAGUGGUUUGUUCUUUCUUGGUAUGUGCAAACCAAAUAUAAUAAAAAAUCAAUAAUAUUUCUAUUUUAUACUAAUAACUUAGUUGUUAUUAGUUAGCGUUGUGGUUUUUCUGAUGGUAGAACAACAGUUUGCUGUCUCUGAGUUGCUGCGUCCCAAUUUGCCUGCUAUGAACUAAAAUAUCUAAUGUUUUUGUUAUCUAUUCUGUUUUUGUUAUAACUAUAUACAGUGCUAAAAUAACCAAAUAAUGAAUUCAGGAGCUGCAAAGUGAAAAGGGAAAGAAAAGAAACACACCAGAGCAUUUUAAAAAGUACCUCAACUGUCUAUAUAUCUUCUAUCAUCUGUAAUUACUUUACGGCAAUAUAUUUUUUUAUAUAGAGUAGACUCAGGUUAUCUCAAAAAGUGGGCUGCUGUGUUACUGCAAAAAAUGAUUUAAAAAAAUACCUAUUUAUAAUUUAUAACUAUUCAGAGUCACUAUUCAGUUUCUCUUUAAGCACAAGCUACAAGUUUUUUUAGAUGUCAGAAGUCAGAGGAUUAUAUUGAUUUAUAUUGAUUAGAAACACAGAUGGUGUUUUCAUUCAUUGUUCAG